AUGACAAUGACCCCGAAGGAUCAUCUAGGAUAUGACAUCAAUGAUUCUGAAAACACUAUAGACUACAACACUCAGGAUCACCUAGGAUAUGACAGCAAUGAUUCUGAAUACACUAUAGACUACAACAAUCAGUAUCACCUAGGAUAUGACAGCAAUGAUUCUGAAUACACUAUAGACUACAACAAUCAGUAUCACCUAGGAUAUGACAGCAAUGAUUCUGAAUACACUAUAGACUACAACAAUCAGUAUCACCUAGGGUAUGACAGCAAUGAUUCUGAAUACACUAUAGACUACAACAAUCAGUAUCACCUAGGAUAUGACAGCAAUGAUUCUGAAUGCACUAUAGACUACAACAAUCAGUAUCACCUAGGGUAUGACAGCAAUGAUUCUGAAUGCACUAUAGACUACAACAAUCAGUAUCACCUAGGGUAUGACAGCAAUGAUUCUGAAUGCACUAUAGACUACAACAAUCAGUAUCACCUAGGGUAUGACAGCAAUGAUUCUGAAUACAAUAUAGACUACAACAAUCAGUAUCACCUAGGGUAUGACAGCAAUGAUUCUGAAUACACUAUAGACUACAACAAUCAGUAUCACCUAGGAUAUGACAGCAAUGAUUCUGAAUGCACUAUAGACUACAACAAUCAGUAUCACCUAGGGUAUGACAGCAAUGAUUCUGAAUACACUAUAGACUACAACAAUCAGUAUCACCUAGGCAAUGAUUCUGAAUGCACUAUAGACUACAACAAUCAGUAUCACCUAGGGUAUGACAGCAAUGAUUCUGAAAACACUAUAGACUACAACAAUCAGUAUCACCUAGGGUAUGACAGCAAUGAUUCUGAAUGCACUAUACACUACAACAAUCAGUAUCACCUAGGGUAUGACAGCAAUGAUUCUGAAUACAAUAUAGACUACAACAAUCAGUAUCACCUAGGGUAUGACAGCAAUGAUUCCGAAUACACUAUAGACUACAACAAUCAGUAUCACCUAGGGUAUGACAGCAAUGAUUCCGAAUGCACUAUAGACUACAACAAUCAGUAUCACCUAGGGUAUGACAGCAAUGAUUCUGAAUGCACUAUAGACUACAACAAUCAGUAUCACCUAGGGUAUGACAGCAAUGAUUCUGAAAACACUAUAGACUACAACAAUCAGUAUCACCUAGGGUAUGACAGCAAUGAUUCUGAAAACACUAUAGACUACAACAAUCAGUAUCACCAAGGGUAUGACAGCAAUGAUUCUGAAUGCACUAUAGACUACAACAAUCAGUAUCACCUAGGGUAUGACAGCAAUGAUUCUGAAUGCAAUAUAGACUACAACAAUCAGUAUCACCUAGGGUAUGACAGCAAUGAUUCUGAAUGCAAUAUAGACUACAACAAUCAGUAUCACAUAGGGUAUGACAGCAAUGAUUCUGAAUGCACUAUAGACUACAACAAUCAGUAUCACCUAGGGUAUGACAGCAAUGAUUCUGAAUGCACUAUAGACUACAACAAUCAGUAUCACCUAGGGUAUGACAGCAAUGAUUCUGAAUACAAUAUAGACUACAACAAUCAGUAUCACCUAGGGUAUGACAGCAAUGAUUCUGAAUACACUAUAGACUACAACAAUCAGUAUCACCUAGGGUAUGACAGCAAUGAUUCUGAAUGCACUAUAGACUACAACAAUCAGUAUCACCUAGGGUAUGACAGCAAUGAUUCUGAAUGCACUAUAGACUACAACAAUCAGUAUCACCUAGGAUAUGACAGCAAUGAUUCUGAAUACACUAUAGACUACAACAAUCAGUAUCACCUAGGGUAUGACAGCAAUGAUUCUUAA